AAAACCCAUCAAAAUUCACACACACUAAAACACGCAAUAAAUUUGCUGAAAAAAAUAGAAGUUUCUUGAAAAAACGACGAUGAGUGGUGGCGGAGCAAGGUGGAUAGUGGCGGCGAGCAUUGGAGCGGUGGAGGCGCUGAAAGAUCAGUUGGGUGUUUGCAGAUGGAACUAUGCUUUCAGAAUAUUACAACAAAAUGCCAAAACUACCCUCCAAUCAGCCGCCACCUCUUUUCACACUCGCACACAAAAUAAUAAUAACGUUAAAUCUUCUUCUUCUUAUUCGGCGGCUGCCGGUAAUAAUAAUAGGAUGGAGGAAAGGGAAAUGGGUUUGAAGAAAGUUAUGGAUUUGAGCUGUUGGGGCCCCACUACUGUUAGAUUCUGAUCAUCAUAAUUAUAAACCAUAGUAUUUCGUUUUCUUGUAUGGUUUAAUUAGUUGUUUUCUUGUAUUUUCAUAUUUUUCUUUAUAUUUACAUACAUAUG